UCUACAGAGUGAGAAACAUCCUUUAGCUGUCAUCUAGGUGUGCCAAAUAUCCAGGUUUCAGUGAGAAAUGAAGCAGUUUUGUGUUGUUUGCAUCCUGAUGAUUCUUACUCAUGACCUUGCUCACUUUUCUUUCAGGGCAGUGGCGUUGCGGUGUAACCUUUGUGUUUCCAAAGGGCUUGGGAAUCCCUGCACUCCAUCAGUGCAGACAUGUCUUCCACAUAUCACGAACUGUGGAUACAUCAAAUUAAAGCCUACUUUAUUGGGUUCUGCUUAUAUCCGUUCCUGUAUCAGCAUGGCGACCUGCUGGAACUAUAUGAAUGCUGAAACUGUGACGGCUAAGUGCUGCAAGACCGACCUCUGCAACUGAGGCGAAAAAAACAAAACUAAUCAUAUUCAUUUGAAUUCUGCCUUUCUGUAACUUUGGCGGUGUGAUUGCAUUAAAUUGUACUAAACACUACUAAGGCUUAAAAGUAAAAUGUAACAAAUAGUUAAUAAUUGCAACAAAGAUAUAUAACAAACAGCAAUGAUUAAUAACUUUUUUGCAAGCAAGAAUAAAAGCAGUCUAGCAGUCA